UAUGGGUCGGGGCGAGCUGCCUGGGAAAGAGAAGGUUUUACUGGCAAUAGCGCUGGUCACGCUUUUGCCACUGCGAGUGGUUGCGGCGACCAUCAUAUUGGUGGUUUAUUACUUGAUUUGUAGGUUUUGCACCGCUUUUUCGGUUCCCAACGGGGAGGAUGAACAAGAGGAUUAUGCGCAUAUGGGCGGUUGGCGAAGGAAGGUGAUUAUGCAAAGUGGAAGGUUUUUCUCUAGAGCAAUGCUUUUCGUGUUUGGAUUUUACUCCAUUCGGGAAACUAAUCGAAAUAGCGACUUCGACUCCAAGUUAAAUAAUGAGGACCAAGUUUCAGAACCUGAAAGGCCAGGAGUGAUAGUGUCAAAUCAUGUUUCUUAUUUGGAUAUAUUGUACCACAUGUCAUCUUCAUUUCCAAGUUUUGUUGCCAAGAGAUCAGUGGCUAAGCUUCCCCUGGUUGGUCUUAUCAGCAAAUGCCUUGGUUGUGUCUAUGUCCAACGGGAGUCUAGAUCGCCCGACUUCAAAGGUGUCUCAGGCGUAGUAAAUGAAAGGAUCAAAGAAGCUCAUCAGAAUAAGUUUGACCCAAUAAUGAUGCUUUUUCCAGAGGGAACUACUACAAAUGGUGAUUUUCUUCUUCCAUUCAAGACUGGCGCCUUUUUGUCAAAAGUACCAGUACUUCCUGUUAUUUUAAGUUACCCAUAUCAAAGAUUUAGCCCUGCCUGGGACUCUAUUGCUGGGGCUCGGCAUGUUAUUUUACUUCUCUGCCAAUUUAUUAAUCAUAUGGAAGUGAUUCGGUUACCCAUUUACUUUCCCUCGCAACAAGAAAAGGAUGACCCAAAACUUUAUGCGGAAAAUGUACGAAGAUUAAUGGCACGUGAGGGAAAUAUGACACUCUCAGAUAUAGGAUUGGCCGAGAAGCGAGUAUUUCAUGCUGAACUGAAUGGUCUCUUUAUCCAACGGUAAUUCAGGUUCACCAUCUGUGUAAAUUCGUUGUAUGAUGUUAUUUAUUGAUUAGAGAAAAAGUAAAAAAGUAAAUUGCUGGAAACUGAUUACGGACCCCACACAUAGUUGUUCAGAUUAAGGUGAUGAAAUUGCCGCGUCCAUAUACUACUUAAAACAUGCAAUCUCCGGAUAUUGACAUUUCAUUGCAGCUUCAGUUUCUCUCUUUCAACCCCUGGGAAGCUGUCCAAUUUUUUCUAGAACUUGCGUACCUCGGCAGUUCUAGUUUUUACUAGACUAGACUGGCAAAUGCUUCUUGCUGAUAUUCAUUGUAAAGGUCGAUGCUGCUUUAGUUUCUUCCUACUUAGCUGGUUAACCUGGUUUUGUUUUAGAUUUUUACUGUUCAUAUACUAGGUCAGGAAACUCAGAAGUCAGAACUAUUCGCAAAUGUGUUCUAUAAAAUGCAAAAUUUUAU